ACUACGGUCUAGCGCGUAUCCCCAGGCUCUCCUUGCCUGUGGGCACCACGCCUGGUACCCAUGCCCUGGAGGCUGCAUCCUCGGGUACCCUGGCGUACCUAGUGUUGAGGUCUCCGCGUACCGGGUCCCUAUGAGGAACUGCCCCCUGCGUUCGAGGGCUGGAUCCGCAUUGCUAAAAGUCUUCCUGAACUGAUCGACAACGGGCAACUUAGAGAAGAAGUUGACCAGCUGCCAACGCUCAGCAUUGACGAGCUGAAAGGGCACAGGUUGCAGCGCCUGGCACAUUUGGCUCUGGGGUGCAUCACCAUGGCGUAUGUGUGGAACCAAAGACGUGAUGACGAUGUUAAGGAGGUGCUGCCCAGAAAUAUCGCUGUUCCCUACCGCCAGCUCUCAGACAAGCUGGGGCUACCUCCAAUUCUCUCUUAUGCAGACUGCGUCCUGGCAAACUGGAAGAAGAAGGACCCCAAUGGGCCCUUGACAUUCGAGAACAUGGACGUUCUGUUCACCUUUCCUGGUGGAGACUGUGGCAGGGGCUUCUUCCUCGUCUCUCUACUGGUGGAAAUCGCGGCUUCUUCUGCCAUCCAAGCAGUCCCGACUGUAUGCAGUGCAGUACAGCAUCAAGAUCAGAAAGCACUGGAAAAGGCAUUUGAAGCUAUAGCUGAGAGUCUGAAUAAUGCCAGGACAUAUUUCCAGAGGAUGCAGAAUUUUGUGGAUCCAAACCAGUUUUUCAAUGUUCUGCGCAUAUAUUUGUCUGGCUGGAAAAACAAUCCCAAGCUGCCAAAUGGUCUGCUGUAUGAGGGGGUCUCGGACACCCCAGAAAUGUUUGCAGGGGGCAGCGCAGGCCAGAGCAGCAUCUUCCAGUGCCUCGACAUCCUUCUGGGAAUAAAGCACAGCUCUGGUAAAGGAUCUCCCGCAGAAUUCCUCCAGGAGAUGAGAGAGUACAUGCCUCCAGCCCACCGCAACUUCCUUCGCUCCUUAGAGUCAGGUCCUUCAGUCCGUGAGUUUGUCAUGUCAAGAGGCAAUGAAGACGUGCGGAACGCAUAUAAUAAUUGUGUGCAGGGCCUGGUCUCUCUGAGAAAAUUCCACCUCGAAAUAGUAAGGACAUACAUUGUGAAACCUUCGAGCAACCAGCAACAUGGAGGCGAAAACAGAGGGACUGGGGGUACUAACCUCAUGGAAUUUCUGAAGAGUGUGAUGAAAGCAACCGAGAACGCCAUUCUGUAAAGCGCUUAGUGUAGCAAGAUUGCAUUUGAUCAGGGCACAGAGAUCUGCAUAUGCCCUGCCAAAACUUAUUAGAUCUAGAUCAGCCCCAAUGAGGACGAGUAUGGAAUGAUUUACCAGGAAGGCACUGUAGAAAUUUCAAAAUCAUCUCUACAUCUCCCUGUAGGAGAACAGCAAAAGCGAAUUAUUUAAUAAUAUUUUAAAAUGAUAUAAGAAACACUAUAAAUUAUAUUGUUGAUUGGGGGUAUAACAAUGAAACUCAGUAAAUAAAAAUGAUUGUAAGGUGAAUAAA